GUUUUUUUAAUGCAUUAUGUGUGUUGCUGUGUGAUACUUACCUGAUGUUUUUAGCUAAUAAUAAUGUUUUUACUGCAGUUCAGCAAGUUAAAACCGUUUCUCCAGUCUGUUCACUGUAAACCACACAGAUCAUGACUGCUUCGUUAUCACACAGACUGCUAAUAUUUGGUUUGCCAAAAAAAAUCUGACAUCAGCGUGACAGAAACAGGCAUGUACCUGCAUUAAAUAUUGCGUAAUAGUGAAUUGCACUUUUAAAGAGAGGAUUCUGUUUAGAGGAGCGACACGCUGAAGUCCAUUAAUAAAAGCUGGAAGAGCAACAAACAGGGAAAACAAGUUAAGAACAGUUCAGUUAAGGUGUCUGAAGAGUAAAAACCAGCGUGUGUGUUGUGUUUUUGGCAGACAUGGACCCUCAGGUGCCCAAAGACAAGUAUAAUGGCGUCUGGCUGAUUUUCUUCAUGCUGGGAUUGGGAACGCUGCUUCCCUGGAAUUUCUUCAUGACCGCCACCAUGUAUUUCACCAGUCGUCUUGCAGACCCUUUAACUGCAAUGAAUGCCUCAGUGAACGCCACAGAAGAAGAAUCACGCAGCGUCCUACAGGCCAAGUUUAAUAAUGUGAUGACUCUGUGUGCAAUGGUUCCUCUGCUGGUCUUUACCUGCCUCAACUCUAUCCUACACCAGAGGAUUCCUCAGAAGAUCCGCAUCGCAGGCAGUCUGACGCUGAUCCUGCUGGUGUUUUUACUGACGGCCAUCUUGGUGAAAAUACAUUUAGAGCCGCUGCCGUUCUUCAUCGUCACCAUGGUUAAAAUCAUCUUCAUUAACUCGUUUGGAGCGGUUCUUCAGGGAAGUCUGUUUGGUAUGGCUGGUCUUUUACCGGCUUCAUACACGACGCCCAUCAUGAGUGGACAGGGACUCGCUGGAACAUUUGCCGCUUUCUCCAUGAUCUGCGCCAUUGCCAGUGGUUCUGAGAUGCAUGACAGUGCGUUUGGAUAUUUCAUCACAGCAUGUGCCGUUAUUUCCCUGGCUAUAGCUUCAUAUGUUGUCCUUCCCAAGCUGGCGUUUUUUCAGUACUAUCAGGAGAGUCAGCAGAAUAAACCUGUCGAGGAUGAAGAGAACAAGAUGGAUCUGUUAAAGAAAGAUCAGAGACUGCAGAGCGCUGGAGACGACGACAGAAAGUCACCAUCCAUACCGGCUAUCUUUAAGAAGAUCUGGGUUAUGGCUCUGUCGGUGUGUUUUGCCUUCACCAUCACCAUCGGCACGUUUCCUGCGGUCACUGUGGACGUCAAAUCUACAAUUGCUGAUGGAGGAGCGUGGGAGAAGUAUUUCAUCCCAGUGUCUUGUUUCCUCUUCUUCAAUGUGUUUGACUGGGCUGGACGCAGUCUGACCGCAGUGUGCAUGUGGCCUGGUAAAGACAGUAAGCUGCUGCCAGCUCUGUUGUUGGCACGUGUGGUUUUCGUGCCGCUCUUCAUGUUGUGUAAUGUUCAGCCUCGCUAUAAUCUGCCCGUCUUCUUCACACACGAUGGCUGGUUCAUCGCCUUCAUGAUCCUCUUUGCUUUCUCCAAUGGAUAUCUGGCCAGUCUGUGCAUGUGCUUCGGCCCAAAGAAAGUGGACCCGAAUGAAGCAGAAACAGCAGGAGCCAUCAUGGCCUUCUUUCUGUCUCUCGGUCUGGCUCUCGGAGCGUCUCUAUCCUUUCUGUUCAGAGGACUCGUCUGAUUCAAACACAGCACAGUGCUGAAGACAAGAAACCAGAUCCGAGCAGAAAACCCAGAUUCAGAGCAGAAAAACCCAGAUCCAGAGCAGAAACCCAGAUUCAGAGCAGAAAAACCCAGAUCCAGAGCAGAAACCCAGAUUCGAAGCAGAAAACCAGAUCCAGAGCAGAAACCCAGAUUCAGAGCAGAAAACCAGAUCCAGAGCAGAAACCCAGAUUCAGAGCAGAAAAACCCAGAUCCAGAGCAGAAACCCAGAUUCGAAGCAGAAAACCAGAUCCAGAGCAGAAACCCAGAUUCAGAGCAGAAAAACCCAGAUCCAGAGCAGAAACCCAGAUUCAAAGCAGAAAACCCAGAUCCAGAGCAGAAACCCAGAUUCGAAGCAGAAAACCAGAUCCAGAGCAGAAACCCAGAUUCGAAGCAGAAAACCCAGAUCCAGAGCAGAAACCCAGAUUCGAAGCAGAAAACCAGAUCCAGAGCAGAAACCCAGAUUCGAAGCAGAAAACCCAGAUCCAGAGCAGAAACCCAGAUUCAGAGAAGAAACUCAGAUCCAAGCAGAAACCCAGAUCAAGACCAUAAACCAGAUCCAAAGCAGAAAACUCAGAUCCAGAGCAAAAAAUCCAGAUCCACAGCAGAACACCCUGAUCCAGAGCAAAAACCCAGAUUCAGAGCAGAAAACCCAGAUCCAGAGCAAAAAAUCCAGAUCCACAGCAGAACACCCAGAUCCAGAGCAAAAACCCUGAUUCAGAGCAAAAAACCCAGAUCCAGAGCAAAAAAAAAAAAAGAGAUUCAGAGAAGAAACUCAGAUCCAAACAGAAACCCAGAUCCAGGCAGUAGCCCCAGAUCAAGACCAGAAACCAGAUCCAAAUCAGAAACCCAUAUCCAGGGCAGAAACCCAGAUCCAGAGAAGUAAACAAGACCCAGAUCAGGUACCAGAUCCAAAAAAGAAAACCAGGUCCAGAGAAGAAACCAAGACCCAGAGCAGAAACCAGAUUCAGACCCAGAAAGCCAAAAACAGAGCAGAAACCAGAUUCAGAGCAGAAACUCAGAUCUAGAUCAUAGACCCAGGUCCAGAGCAGAAACUCAGAUCCAGAGCAAAAACCAAACCUGGAAACCAAAUCCAGAUCAGAAACCCAGAUCCAGAGCAGAAGCCAGAUCCAGGUCAAAAACUCAGAUCCAGAGCAGAAAUCAGAUCUAGAGCAGAAACCCAGAUCCAAAACAGAAACCCAGAUCCAGAGCAAAAAUAAGACCCAGAGCAGACGCCAGAUCUAGAUCAGAAACCCAGAUCCAGAGCAAAAACCAGAUCUAGAUCAGAAACCCAGAUCCAGAGCAGAAACCAGAUCUAGAUCAGAAACCCAGAUCCAGAGCAGAAACCAGAUCCAGAUCAGAAACUCAGAUCCAGAUCAGAAACUCAGAUCCAGAGCAGAAACCCAGAUCUAGAGCAGAAACCCAGAUCCAGAACAGAAAACCAGAUCCUGACCAAAAUAAGACCCAGAGCAGAAGCCAGAUCCAGAUCAGAAACCCAGAUCCAGAGCAGAAACCAGAUCUAGAUCCGAAACCCAGAUCCAGAGCAGAAACUCAGAUCCAGAGCAGAAACCAGACCUGGAAACCGGAUCUAGAGCAGAAACCCAGAUCCAGAACAGAAACCCAGAUCCAGAGCAGAAACCAGAUUUAGAUCAGAAACCCAGAUCCAGAGCAGAAACCAGAUUUAGAUCAGAAACCCAGAUCCAGAAACCA